CGGUGACUUCCAGUGAUGGAUAUAUAAUAUAUCACAUAAUAUCCAGACUACGAACUGUGACUGUAGUCCCAAUAUCUUAACUACUCAACAUGGCUACUCUAUAUUCGAGUCCCCUCACCAUGCUUCGACGAACAACAACAAAACUUCCAAAAACGACUCAGAAGUGUGUAUGCCGGUAUUCACGUACACUAUCUGGCAAUACACACUCGCAGCAUACCGAUCUUGGACGAGAGUCUCCAAAAGAACAAUCUGCAUUACCGAGACCACGGAGGCAAACACCUUCGUCCAAGAUGACGGUCUCACAGAAAAGGCGCCACAGCACCCAACACCACCAUUCAGAACGACCUCCAACCAUCCCUUGCACUGAACCAAUGAUCCACCCCACCUUCGAACCCACGACAGGCACCUUCCAAUACAUCGUCACCGACCCCUCAAGCCUCGCCAGCGUCAUCAUCGACCCCGUUUUGGACUUCGACCCGUGCACAUUCACCAUCAGAACCACAUCCGCCGACGCUCUCCUUACCCUGGUCGCCGAAAAAGGUUACAAUGUCCAACAAAUUCUCGAAACCCACGUGCACGCUGACCAUCUAAGCGCUGCAUCAUACCUCCAGGCACAGCUGAGUAAAACGGGGAAGAGGCCAGAGAUUGGGAUUGGAAAGAGGAUUGGAGAGGUGCAGAGGUUGUUUGGGAAGAGGUAUGGUGUGGCGGCCAAGGAGUAUGAGGUCGUCUUUGAUAAGCUGUUCGAGGAUGAUAAGGUUGUGAAAGUGGGUGGGAUGGAAGUCAAAGCAAUCCAUCUCCCAGGCCAUACGCUGGACCAUAUGGGCUACCAAAUCGGGAGCAAUGUGUUCUGCGGCGACUCGCUGUUCAAUGUGGAUAUUGGAACUGCGCGAACUGAUUUUCCCGGCGGUAGUGCACACGAUCUCUGGACCUCAGCUCAGAAGCUGCUCAGUAUGCCGGAUGAAACGAGGAUUUGGACAGGGCAUGAUUAUCCACCGGAGGGGAGGAAGGAGUCGGUGCCGUUUAUGACUGUGAAGCAGCAUAAAGAGCAGAACAAGCAUGUCAUGGCCGGCCGGUCGAAGGAUGAAUUCGUGGCGACGCGGAGCCAGAAGGAUGCUGAGCUGGGUGCGCCGAGGUUGUUGCAUCAGAGUUUGCAGAUAAAUGUUAGGGGUGGGAGGUUGCCGGGUUUGGAUGAGGGUGGACGGAGGAUGUUGAGGAUGCCGUUGCGUUUAGGGGGCGUGGAUGAGUGGUAGUCGAGUGAGUCGAGAUUGCGACGCCCGUGAUAUCGUUUGCGGGGCAUGCGCUGAGAAAUCGUGAUGGGGAGGGACUCGUGGAGUUGGAGGAACGUAGGCCUGAUUGGGGGUCUUGACAUGGGAAUAAAGUGGUAAUGUCUCGUUGCGCUUGAUCAAACGAGCACGAUAUCUUCAAUCUUUGGAUUGGGUAGCCCAGAGAUUUUGUAAUGUAAAUUCCUUGUCCUCGUCAAAUGUAGUCAUGUCGUCUACAUA